AUGCUAAUGAAGUGUAGCGCCGGUCAUUUGUCUCUUUCGUCCUCUUUAGAGAGCUGUGCUGUAAACAAUGGCGGCUGUGACCGGACCUGUAAGGACACCGCCACCGGGGUACGCUGCAGCUGUCCUGUGGGGUUCACUCUGCAGCCUGAUGGCAAAACCUGCAAAGAUAUCGAUGAAUGCGAGGAGAACAAUGGAGGCUGCGAUCAUUCCUGCAGAAACACGGUGGGUUCGUUUGAGUGCAGCUGCCAGAAAGGAUACAAGCUUCUCACUGACGAGCGGACAUGCAAAGACACUGAUGAGUGCUCCUUUGAGAGGACCUGUGACCACACUUGCAUUAACUACCCCGGCAGCUUUGAGUGUUUGUGCAACAAGGGAUAUAUCCUCUAUGGUCUCACCCACUGUGGAGAUAUUGAUGAGUGCAGCAUCAACAAUGGCAGCUGUGAGUACGGCUGCAUAAACACACAGGGUAGCUAUGAGUGUGUUUGUCCACCUGGGCAGAAACUCCACUGGAACAAGAGAGACUGCAUCGAGGCUGUGAAAUGUCUACCCAAUGGAAAGCCUGCACCACGAGCCCAGCUCAUCUGCACCAAGACUGGAGGCACCGAAGUCUGCUCCGUCUCCUGUCCCUCCAACGCUCUCUUCCUUGCAGGUAACCGAACUUUCCAACUAAGCUGCUCCUUGUCCAAAGAAGUAAAUAAAAAAAUAAUAAAAACAACCUUGUGUUUCUUUCUGCUAUGGACAAACACAGACCCACUGGCCACACCUAUCAAGGAGUUUGCCAAGCUGAAGCUUAAAGAUGCCAAAUGUCACCUGAGCCCGCGCACCAAGGAGAGACUCAGGGAUCCCUCCCCACAGAACCUCCAAGGAGGUCAGUUCCUCUGCACCGAUGACUGCCAAGUAACGUUUGUCAACCUCAAGUGCGACUCGUCGAAGAAGCGCCGCAGGGGACGCAAGUCUCCAUCAAAAGAGGUCUCGAUCAUCUCAGCGGAGUUUGAAAUUGAGAUGAAGGAAGAGGAAGCCUCAGACUCCUGUAACAUUGACUGCGUGCGGAAGAAGACCAGGAAUAAACUCGCUAGCGCCAUGCGUACACUGAGGAGGUCCAUCAUCAAGCAGCAGUUCUACAUCCAGUUUUCUGGAACCGAGUAUGAAGUGGCCCAGAAACCCGUCAGGACUCUAGAGGGAGGCGAGACCUGCAGCACGGGUCAGGUCUUCCACGAUGGGAAGUGUGUGAGCUGUGGUGCGGGGACGUUUUACAGUGGUGAGCAGGAGCAGUGUGUCCAGUGUCCUCCUGGGACUUACCAGGACAUGGAGGGUCAGCUGACCUGUGAGCCAUGUCCCAGCACUGAAGGACAGGGCAUCGUCGGCGCCAAAAACGUGUCUCAGUGUGGAGGUCAGUGUCCUCCAGGUCAGUUUUCCACAGACGGGUUCCGGCCAUGCCGUCCCUGUCCUCUGGGCUCCUACCAGCCGGAACCAGGUCGGGUUUUGUGCUUCCCGUGUGGAGGGGGCCUCCUGACCAAAUAUGAAGGCUCGGUCACCUUCAGGGACUGUGAGGCCAAAGUCCACUGUGCUCCUGGACAUUUCUACAACUCCAGUACCCACCGCUGCAUCCGCUGCCCAGCAGGGACCUACCAGUCUGAGUUUGGCCAGAACUACUGCAUCAACUGUCCUGGGAACACCACCACGGACUUUGAUGGGGCCACAAACGUGUCCCACUGCAAAAACCAGCUCUGCGGAGGGGAAGUAGGGGAGUACACCGGCUACAUCGAGUCGCCCAACUAUCCCGGAGAUUACCCAUCAAACGUGGACUGCGUCUGGACCAUAAGUCCUCCACACAAAAGACGAAUCCUCAUUGUGGUUCCAGAGAUCUUCCUUCCCAUUGAAGACGAGUGUGGAGAUGUGCUUGUCAUGAGAAAGAGCGCGGUGCCCACCUCCAUCACUACCUACGAGACGUGUCAGACGUACGAGCGGCCGAUCGCCUUCACCUCUCGCUCGCGCAGACUUUGGAUCCAGUUUAAGUCCAACGAGGCAAACAGCGGAAAAGGUUUCCAGGUUCCAUACGUCACCUAUGAUGAGGACUACCAGCAGCUGAUAGAAGACAUAGUGCGAGAUGGGAGACUUUAUGCAUCUGAGAACCACCAGGAGAUACUCAAGGAUAAGAAGUUAAUAAAAGCCCUGUUUGACGUCCUUGCCCACCCCCAGAAUUACUUUCAGUACACGAGUGCGGAGUCCAAAGAGAUGUUUCCUCGCUCCUUCAUCCGGCUGCUGCGCUCCAAAGUCAGCAGGUUCCUGCGGCCGUACAGCUAGAACCAACCACCUGAUUCUGCACUUAAACCCUUUGAUCCUGCAUCAUUCCAGAUGUUCCCAUAUGUAACACUGAAUCCCUCCUUGUUUUCUCUCCUUGUUUUCUUAGGAAGAAAUCCUAAUUUCCUGUAUUUGUCUCUAUUGUCACAUGAUGCCUUUCAACAUCGUGACUACAACACUAUAACCCCCCCCCACCCCCGUAGCACAACGGUACACUUAAACAUGCAAAGUUUGACAAAUAGAGGAU